AUGUAUAGAUGCAUCGAUAUGCACCCCGAAGACUCGCAAUAUCAGCGUAUCAUAUGGCGAAAUAGCGAAGGAAAUAUUCAAGAAUACUGUCUCACUACAGUCACGUUUGGAACGGCCUCGGCUCCAUACACCGCAAUACGUGUACUCCAUCAACUUGCCGAAGAUGAAAAGGAGUCAUACCCACUAGCAACAGAGGUUCUAAAACACGAAUUUUAUGUUGAUGAUGUGCUAUCCGGCAGUGACUCCAUCGAAGGCGCUAUAGCUAUUCCUGAGCAAGUUACUGCAACCCUGCGCUCUGCCGGGAUGAACUUACGCAAAUGGAGCAGCAACUCGAUCGCUUUACUGGAUGGAAUUCCUCCGGAGCACAUGUCAAGAAGCAACUGUUUAAACUUCAACAGCACCGAAACGGUCAAAACACUAGGCAUGUGCUGGCAACCGAAUCAUGACAUGUUCAUUUUCAAGCUUAACUUUGAAAUUGAUUUCUCAGCAACAAAACGUGCUAUGCUAUCCACAAUUUCUCGGCUGUUUGAUCCACAGGGACUUAUUGCACCUGUCAUAAUAAAGGCUAAAAUUCUGCUGAAGUCUGUGUGGAUGUACAAGGUUCAAAGCGAGCGUCAAGAGAGCAUGGCUCUCGGGUGGGAUGAAGAUCUUCCAGAAGACAUAAAUCAUCAGUGGCAACAGUUUCUAAGCACCUUAUCUACCCUGCACAGCAUUAGGAUUCCCAGAUGGCUACAAUACGAGCCAAUUUAUAUCAAGUCACUACAACUUCACGCCUUUUGUGAUGGCUCAACCGCAGCUUAUGCAGCCAGUGUUUAUCUGCGUGUAGAAUGUUCCGACCAUAGAAUUUAUACUACCUUGCUUAUAGCCAAGAGCCGAGUAACGCCAACGAAGGCUCUUACAGUACCGCGCAUCGAGCUCAGCGGUGCCGUGCUGGCGACAGAAUUGGCAUCUUGGACCCAACGGUCGUUUAAGGCUAACGUUUUAGAUUUGCCCAUUUUUUAUUGGACCGACGCUACAAUUGUCUUGCAUUGGAUAGUCGGUGAUCCCAACCGAUGGCAAACGUGGGUAUCGAAUAGAGUAAGUAAAAUCCUUCAAGCCUCUUCGCCUCAUCAGUGGAGCCACGUCGAUACGCUUCAAAAUCCUGCCGACUGUGCAACUCGUGGAUUAACUCCCGCGGUUUUAUCGACAUUCGCGCUAUGGUGGGCUGGUCCUCCCUGGCUAAAGCAAGCUGUCACGGAUUGGCCCAAAUUUGACCACUCAGCAGUGGAUGUGCAAGAGGAAGUAGCUGAAGUCAAGCGCAAACAACUUCAAGUGCACUUUGCUAUCGCUGAAGAUUCCGUAAUUUUUCGGUACUCUUCUCUUCACAAAACGAUACGUGUGUGCGCUUACAUGUUUCGGUUCGCCUAUAACGCUCGUACCCAAACUGCUACGCGUUUGACGGGACCUUUGUCAGUCGCAGAACUGAACGAAAGUUUAACUAAGAUUGUGAAGCUUGUUCAACAGGAAGCGUUUUCGAAAGAGAUAAGGUGCAUUGAAGGAAAGGGGUCGCUGCCAAGCAAUAGCAAUCUAACGAGCUUAGCACCAUUCCUGGAUGAUCAAGAUGUUCUUCGCUUACGCGGUCGAAUUCAACGAGCUAUGUUACCAUAUACACAAAGGCAUCCAAUUAUACUACCGAGUUGUCAUCACUUCACUUGGUUGGUCAUCAACAGCUCGCAUAUAACAACUUUGCAUGGUGGCCCGCAACUAACUAUAUCUCACAUUCGACAGCAAUUUUGGAUUAUAAACGUCAGGCGCGCAGUUAAGCAACAAUUGCGUAAAUGUAUCAUCUGCUUUCGCAACAAACCAGUUGCAGCCUCACAGCUAAUGGGAGAUUUGCCCUUUCACCGCGUCAAUCCACCGCAACGCCCCUUUCUAGCAACCGGUAUUGAUUAUACUGGUGCUAUCGAACUAAAAUCAUCACGGUACCGGGGGAACACCACAUACAAGGGCUACGUUGCAAUUUUCAUUUGCUAA